AUGGCAGAAGUCAGUCGAAAAGGGAGGGGCGGAGCGAUGCAGGAAGAACACGACAAAGAGGACGACAACGAGGAGGAGGAGAAGGAGGAGAUGAAUGACCCAGAAAUAGGAGAGAGUAGAGAGAGGAGACUGAGCAACGAAGAAUUUGACGUCGCGACAAGUCACAAAAUUUUCAGUAUCAACGAGAACGGGAUACAAGUGUACCCAGUGCCAAGUGCAGAUUGUGGCUACUCUCAUGUUGAGAUACAGUCAGGAUUGCAGCAAGAAAGAAAGGGCCAAGAUGAGGGCGACACGAGAGCAAGAGAAAACAUGAACAAUCUUUUGGCAGAGGCUCGCAAGAAGUUCAGACUUUUCGAGGAGCUUCCCGAUGAACUACUUGUGGAUUGUAUCUCAAGAAUGAAAGUUCGGCAUUUCAUGCCAGGGGAGACAGUGAUCAAGAGAGGCAGUCUGGGAACAACCAUGUACUUCAUCGAUCAGGGAGAAGCAGUUGCACUUUCAGAACGCAAGGUUGUGAACAAGAUGCAGAGUGGAGAUUACAUCGGAGAGAUUGCUUUCCUAGUGACGUGCAUGAAUUUCCUCAAGGAGGAGUGGUGUUGCCAUUCAGCUUCGAGGACAGUUGAUGUCGAAGCUGUUACGCCCUGUAGAAUGCUAGAGAUCAGCGUGCGAGACUUCUUGAAAGUUUUUCAGUCUGAUACUUUCUGA